UGAAAAGAACAAAGAAACCAUAAAUUUUCAAGCUGUGCAACAAACCAUACUGCUGUGGAAAUUUAUUUCGAGAACUGGUCCGAACAAUCUUGAAAAUUUAUGAUGCCGGGACCUAGACCAGAUCUGGAAAAGACAGGUUAUAGUUGUGCGGGAUGCCAACUGCCGGACAGUGCCGAAGACGAAAUGGUGGGUUGUGACCAUUGCCAACGAUGGUACCAUUUCGGAUGUGCUGGUGUGACGGACGAAGUGAAGGACAUCUCUUGGUCCUGCGAUGAGUGUGUCGGAUUAGCUGUGGAUAAAUCAGCGCCGACCGGUCUGGAUGAGGAGUUGGAAAAACUCGAAAAGCAGAUGGAAGAACAGAGUCAGGCAUUGGAGAAGGAAAAGAUCCUGCAUAAGAAGCGACUAGAGCACCAACGGCAGAUGUUUUUGAUGCGACUACAGGCAGAAAAGGACAAACGCGAGAUGGAGUUGGAAUUCGAGAAGAUGCAGCUGGAAAAGGAGUUGGCCGAAAAAGAAGCGCACCGGAAGAAACGGGAUCAAGUUCUGAAGCAGGUGCAGGAUAAGCUGAAGCAAGUGAGGAUUGAUCCGGCUACGAAGAAGGAUGUAGGACAAGGAAGAAAACAAGAUGAAGAAAGAAAAGCAUCGAAAGGCGAAGAUGGGCACAAGAAGAAAACGAAGAAGACAGUACAGCCGGAGCAAGCUACAAUGGAGAAGGAAAAGCCAGGAAGAGGAAAGUCCGAGAAGAAAAAGUCGGAGAAACAUCUGGAGAAAGCUGAUCCAAGGGAUGCAAGCAAAGGAGCGUACCGUAAGUUUUCUACUCCCAAGAAGGUCGGUGGUGUACCUGUAUUGAUUCCAAGCUCCAGUAAGGAUAAAUCUCCGCUUAGGCAUCCAGAUCUGCCAACGAAGAAGAAGAGCAAGAAGCAACCGAUAGUUUACAAGGAAAGCAGUUCCAGCGGUAGCGAAGAAGAAAAAGAGGAAAGUGAAGAGGAGUCCGGAUCAGAGGAAGAGAAAGAGGAUUCGGAGGAAUCAGGAUCGGAUGAAGGUUCGUCGGAAAUGGAGGAAGAAAGUCGGUUGGAAAAGGAAGAAACUUCGUCGGAAGAAGAGGAAGUAGAAGAGAAGCGUCGUCCGAAGAAGCGUCACCGUCAUCCAACAAAGAGACAAUUAUCAGCACGACAAUUCCUGUCGAAGAAGUUGCCGAUAUUUUCCGGACGGCUAGAGGAAUGGCCGAUGUUCAUUAGCGCGUAUGAAACAUCCAAUGAUGCAUGCGGAUUUUCCGACGUCGAGAAUUUGGCUCGACUUCAAGAGUGCUUGAAGGGUUCAGCACUAGAGGCGGUACGCAGUAGGCUGCUUCUGCCGAAGGCAGUACCGCAGAUAAUCGACACUCUGAAGAUGCUGUAUGGCAGACCUGAGCAACUUUUGAACAUGCUGUUGUCAAAGGUCAGGAAGGCUCCUGCUCCGAGAGCCGAUAAGUUGGCUACAUUUAUCCAGUUCGGUGUAGUCGUUCAGCAGUUAGCGGAUCAUCUAGAAGCUACCGAUCUCACUACACAUCUAAUGAAUCCGAUGCUGAUCCAGGAGUUGACGGAGAAGCUGCCGGCUAAUACACAGUUGGAGUGGGUUCGCUAUCGUAGAAAGGCUCGCGUGAUUACCCUACGAACGUUGGCUGACUUUCUCUCGUGUAUAGCCAGGGACGCAAGUGAGAUUACCCCGUAUGGCGAUUCAACUAUUUCGGCAGCCGAUCAAGGAUUCCGGAAAGGAAAAGGCAGAAAGGAAAAUGAGGGAUUCCUGCACACUCACAGUGCUGAAGCAAACAGCGAACGAAGCCAGUCAUCGAGCUCAUGGCAGAGGGAGAAGAAACCAUGCAGGAUAUGCGGACAGUUCGAUCAUCGGAUCCGCAAUUGUGAGACCUUUAGGAGACUUCGGAUCGCGGAAAGAUGGGAGGCAGUACGAAAGUGGAAGUUAUGCUAUCUGUGCUUGAAUGAGCAUGGAAAUGCCCGUUGCAAACUCAAUUUUCGAUGCAACGUGGGUCAAUGUAGUGAGCCCCACAAUCCUCUGCUGCAUUUCGAGCAGCCUCAAGCCAACUCAAACUGCAACGUCCAUACCAUCCAGCGCCAACAGUCGGUGAUAUUUCGAAUGAUUCCCGUAACCCUAUACAACGGGAACUACGCCGUAGACACCAUAGCAUUUUUGGACGAAGGUUCAUCGUACACGUUGAUCGAGAAGUCACUGGCAACCAUUCUGCAAGCAAAGGGAGUUGUACAACCGCUUCGCGUGACAUGGACAGCAGGAGUAACCCGUUUGGAGAAGGAUUCACGGAGGGUGGAGCUCUGUAUUUCUGCCCUAGGAUCGUUACACCGCUUCCGCAUCAUGGCUGCCCAUACGGUCGAGAGUCUGAAGCUACCACAACAAACAGUAGCUAUGUCAGAAGUGAUCAACGAACAUCCUCACCUUCGAGGAAUACCGGUAUCCGAUUUCCGCAGAGGAGUUCCUCAAAUUCUCAUCGGCUUGAAAGACAUCCACCUGUACGCUCCCAUCGAAUCUAGGAUCGGUAGACCGGAUGAACCAAUCGCCGUCAAGUCGAAACUCGGUUGGACAAUCUACGGACCUACCCACGCAAGCCAUCCUGAAACAGGGAUAGUCGGACACCACAGCUGUGACAUCGUAUCCAACGAAGAUUUGCACGACCUGUUACGGAGUCACUACGCCCUGGACGAGUCCAUGAUUUCCGUAGCGCUACUUCCUGAAUCCAGUGACGACAAACGAGCCAAAGAGAUCCUGAACAGCACGACCGUGAGGAUCGGAAACCGUUUCGAAACGGGUCUUUUGUGGAGCGAGGAUGACCCAAGAUUCCCAGACAGCUAUCCGAUGGCGGUCAAGAGAUUCCGAUGUCUGGAGAGACGGUUGGUCAAAGAUAGUAACCUGUAUGAUAAGGUAAGGGAGUUAAUUGCCGAUUAUACGAAGAAGGGGUAUAUCCAUGUAGCUUCGAAGUCUGAGUUAGCUGAGUUUCAACCGGAUAAGGUGUGGUAUUUGCCACUGAGUGUAGUAGUGCAUCCGAAGAAGCCAGGGAAAGUCCGAUUAGUAUGGGACGCUGCGGCUGCAGUAAAUGGGGUGUCGCUGAACUCGAAGUUGCUUAAGGGUCCGGACAUGCUAACUCCACUCCCGAGCGUAUUAUCGAAGUUCCGUGAGCGAGAAGUGGGUUUUGGAGGUGACAUUAGGGAGAUGUACCUUCAAAUGAUGGUCCGUAAAGCCGACAAGCGUGCACGAUUCGUCUUCCGAGGAAAUUCAGCAGAGGAAUUCAAGGUCUACAUCAUAGACGUGACGAUGUUUGGUGCGACGAGCUCGCCAUGCUCCGCCCAAUUCGUUAAAAACCUCAACGCGAAGGAGUAUGCAGUACAGUUCCCGGAAGCGGCGAAGGCGAUUGUGGAGAACCAUUACGUCGAUGAUUAUUUCGACAGCAUGGAUACAGUAGAGCAGGCGGUUAAGCGAGCCCAGGAGGUGAAGUACGUGCACUCGAAGGCUGGUUUCGAAAUCCUCAACUGGGUGGCCAACUCCGACGAAUUUCUGCAGAGCAUGGGGGAGCAGAAAAGUAACAAAUGCGUUCAGCUCACCGACGACAUGGGUACGAGUUUGGAACGAGUCUUGGGCAUAGCUUGGUGCCCGCUAGGGGAUGAAUUCACGUUUCUAGUGAAGCUACGGGAUGAACUGAUGACGUAUCUGUCAGGAGAGCAAAGGCCGACAAAAAGGGUGAUCAUGAGCUGUGUCAUGAGCCUUUUCGAUCCCCUUGGGAUGCUAGCAACGUUCACUAUCCACGGAAAAAUACUAAUUCAAGACUUAUGGCGUAGUGGCUGCGACUGGGAUCAACCUAUUGAUGACGAAUGCUGUGAUAAGUGGAACCGAUGGAUCAGUUGGCUUCCGGAGAUUGAAAAUGUGAAGAUUCCACGCCACUAUUUUCGAAGGUUCAGUUCAGUCGACUACAGCACUCUACAGCUCCAUGUCCUCGUUGAUGCCAGCAAAGAUGCAUAUGGUGCUGCUGCAUAUUUCCGUGUGUUAACAGAUGAAGGCCCAUUGUGUUCACUGGUGAUGGCGAGAUCGAAGGUCGCUCCGUUAAAAAUGCUGUCAAUACCUCGUCUUGAGCUACAAGCGGCAGUCAUAGGAUCCAGGUUGAUGAAUUCGGUGAUCGAGGCUCAUUCAUUGAUUCAGUUAGAGCAACGCAAAUACAAGCCAUUCGUCGCUUUCCGGAUUGGCGAGAUUCUGAGCCUCACGAAGCAUAGUGAGUGGCGAUGGAUUUCAACGGCGAGUAACAUUGCGGACGACUUAACGAAGUGGAAAAAGGGCAGCAGUCUAGAUUCGAACGGUCCGUGGUUCCAGGGCCCACGAUUCUUGUACCAGCCAGAAGAGGAAUGGUCGCAGCAAGACACCGUAGAACCGAAUACCCCAGAGGAAGCCCGAAUAUGCCAUUUGUUCCAUGAUAUUUCGAUAGUCGAGACGGUAAUCGAUGCCACGCGUUUCUCUCGUUGGAAGGUUCUCGUCCGAACAGUAGCCUGCAUCUACAGGUUCAAAUCCAACUGUAUCAGGAAACGGGAAGGCUUGGCGAUCGAGGUGAUUUCAGCACCACCAAGGGUGCAACGGUUGGUGAAGAGGUCUAUACUAACUGUGUUGGUUCCACUGAAGCGAGAGGAGUUUCAACGUGCUGAAGCCUACCUUUGGCGGUCGGCGCAGGCAGAGGCCUACGAAGAUGAAAUAAAGAUCCUUGUGAAGAACCGUGACCUUCCGUACAGCGAGUGGCAUCCGUUGGAGAAGAAUAGCAAUUUGUACGACGUCAGCCCGUUUUUAGACGAGCAAGGUGUUCUCCGGAUGGAAGGCAGAACCGCACAGGGUUCAUUCCUUCCCUUUGAACUCCGAUUCCCGGUAAUCUUGCCUAAGAAGCACCCAAUCACGACGAAGUUGCUGGAAUAUCAUCACCAACAAGCGGCCCACGCAAAUGGGGAAACUGUGGUCAACGAGCUCCGACAGCGUUUCAGGAUCCCAAAUCUCCGGACAGAAUUGAAGGCAGUGACGAAGGCGUGUGUGUGGUGCAGAGGAAAGAAGUGCCAGCCGAAGAUCCCGAGAAUGGCUCCGCUUCCGUUGGCUCGUGUCACCCCUGGUUGGCAACCAUUCAGUUUCACUGGAGUGGACUAUUGCGGACCGCUAACAGUCACGGUUGGUCGUAGGUCGGAAAAGCGGUGGAUAUGCCUAUUUACAUGUCUAUCUACAAGAGCAAUCCAUCUGGAGGUCGCUCAUAGCCUGACGACGCAAGCAUGCUUGAUGGCGAUUCGAAGAUUUGUGUGCCGAAGGGGCAAGCCGGUGGAAUUCUUCUCUGAUAAUGGCACGAACUUCCAAGGUGCGAGCAAGGAGAUAGUUAGGACGAUAGAGGGAGAUUGCGAGGAGGCGAUGACAGACGCUAGAACUCGCUGGAACUUCAACCCGCCGAGCGCGCCCCAUAUGGGCGGAAUCUGGGAACGGUUGGUCCGUUCAGUGAAAGCAGCUUUGGUGGUGUUCAACGACGGAAGACGAUUGACGGACGAAGUAUUGUUGACUACGUUGGCGGAGGCAGAAGACCUGAUCAAUUCCCGCCCUUUAACGUACUGUGGCCUUGGAUCGGAUGCAAUCGAAGCCCUUACGCCGAAUCACUUCGUGAAGGGUAUCGGGAUGACCGGUAAAGUGGAACUGGUUCCCAGCACGAACGAAGCUGAAGCUUUGCGGGACAGUUUCAAACGAGCUUUGGCAGAUCAGCUGUGGAAGAGAUGGGUGGCGGAAUAUCUGCCCACGAUUAACAAGCGAUCGAAGUGGCAAUCGGAGGCGCAACCAGUUAGUCGUGGAGACUUGGUCUACAUCGCUGAUGAAGCCACACGCAAGACUUGGAUACGCGGCGUGGUAGUUGAAGUAUACCCUGGAGCAGACGGCAGAAUCAGGCAAGCGUCGGUAAAGACGGCGAAAGGAGAGUACAGGCGUCCUGUAACGAAGUUGGCGGUGCUGGAAGUCCAGGAUCGUAAAUCUGGUUCUACGGAGGGACCCUCACCAGAAUUACGGGGAGGGGGUAUGUGCGCACCGCCGAGCACUAUCAAUACACCUUGCGCCAUACCCUACCUGCGAAGCGCAAGAGACGUUGAUCCUAAACGUCAGUGA